ACAAGAAAAGAAGGAGUAUUGGAAUCUAAAUAUCAUGGACCAUACAAAAUUAUGAGUGUUGAAGGUAAGAGAGUGAAAUUACAAACCAUCUCAGGGAAACAGUUAGGAACCAUGUACAGUAUUGCACACUUAAAACCAGUAAAAGAGCCAACAACAUUAGCUGCUGAAAGCACAUCAGAGGGAAAAACUGGCACUGAAAUUGGAGUUGGUGACGCUGAACCAGAAACACCCACGGAAGAGAUUAGAGAAGUGGAUGGCACUGUAUCUCAUGACAGCAAAGUGGAAAACAUAGAGGUCACAGCAAUAGAAAAAGAGGAAUAUAUAGGGCAAGAUGUGUCAAACAAUGAUACAAGUGAUGCUGAUGACAGUUUUGAUGACAUGCUUACAGAGGAAGUGGAAGACAAGCAAUGGCUUCUGAAAGUAAAAUUGGUAAUGACCAGCAAACACACAGAGAGACUGGAGGCGAAAGUGAGAAACAUAAAAUUGUAUGGCUCUUCAUUUCAUUGCCUGAAACCAAGAAGCUGGAUAAGUGAUGAGGUUAUUGAUGCAUUUUUGAGCUGUGUAGUUGAGAAAGCAGAUGGAAAGAGUGAAUUACUUCAAAAUGAUAUAUUAUUGCUUCCUUACCACACACCAGGUCAUUGGGUUCUUGCGAAACUUCAUCAAACGAUUAACUAGUAAAUCCUCAUCUGAUUGGAACAGUAAAAUUAUGCAGCAUCCCAGACAAAGUGAUGGCCACAACUGUGGACCACUCAUCUUAAAGUUUGCAGAAACAUAUUUGCAGCACAAAGACAUCAGUACGGUGGAAACAACACAGAAGGCUAAUACUGCGUUUAGAAGACAUAUAGCAAUUCUUCUAAUGAAGGAGUCAGAAAGCGUGGAGGACUACUGCAUAUACUGCAACCUUAUCGACUGUGAAAAAGACAGUGAGGAUUGCACGAUGGUCCAGUGUGAUUCUUGCAAGAGGUGGGCACACAUACCAUGCAUUACAGAAGGAAUCAAUCAAGAAAACCUGACAUAUGAGAAGAAAGAGUAUAACUGCAAGACAUGUGCAUAGUUCACUUCAUUAACAAAAAGAAAAAGGCAAUAAAGAAAAGCCAUUGUUUAACUGCCUCUUGUUCAAAACAUAAUGCAACCCAAAGAAAUAUAUUUCUAUGUAUACAUCAGAUUAUAAUAAAUGUUCUUGAUGUUAAAUAAAUUAUUCUCUGUAUUUCUGCCCAUAUAUAUAAUGCAAACUAUAAAAUUUUAAAAGUAAUUUUAAAAAAUGAAAGUGGUGUCAUCAUAGGAGUGACCCAUACCCCGAAACCUAACCUCCC